AACGCUACUUCGUGUAGUGUUACAUUUCACUUGGUGUAGCCCCUUGGAGGGUUUGUUUUGAGACUCUUCGUGGUUGGGGACUCUGUGGUGGUGUACCACCAACCUGGACCUCGGCUCUUGGGGUAUGUAGAGGCUGGGAACCAUCUCCCUCUCAAACUCUUCUUGCUAAGUUUGUACUCCUAAGACUAUUGUGGCUGCUAUACCUCCUGCCAGCCUGAGGAAGGGGGUGGCAGAGGUGUUGGAGGCAGAGAAGACGCCCAAGCACAAGGUCAACACCAAGAUCCACCCGUUGCUCCGGUGCAACCUAGCCUUGGACCCUCUAGGGAUGAGCCUAGAGUGUUUGGCCUUGACAAGUUCAACGGUGACAACUUUGCUGAGUGGUCCUUCAAGAUGGAGAACAUCUUUGACCAUUAUGAUCUGCUGGAGGUGAUGGAAGGAACGGAGAAGCACCCCGAGAACGACCCGGAGAAGAGCCCGUGGGUGCGGAAGAGCGCACAAGGCUACCUUCUACUUGGGCAAGCGUUGGGGAGCAGCCAAAUCCGUCACAUCAAGCCUUUUCAGCGUGAACCAGCAAAGGGACCAAAGGCAUGGGCUGCUCUCAAGGGUCGAGCAGAGGUGAAAGGCAUGGGCAAGGCCAUGUUCAAGGGUGCUGAUGGGAAGAUGGUGGGCCUCAAGAACGUGCUUUGGGUGCCCAACCUUGCAGCCAACCUGAUUUCUGUGCGGCAUUUGCAAAAGGCCGGCAUGGACACAUCUUCCAAGGGAUCCAAAACUUAUACCGCGCGGCUUGGUGAGCGGAAGCUUUGGGACCUUCAUGAGGACAGGGACAUCUACAAUGAAAUGUGGCAAAUCCCAGUGGUCCCCAUGCCUAAGGAGAGGCAAGUGGCAGCAAGCAUCAGCACCAAGAGUGAAGCGGUUGGUGGCGGUGAUCACGGAAAGCAAAGUGACACCAAGAGUGACUCGAACGAGUGCAAUCUUGGAGAGACCAGCAAGGCAUGUGAAUCCAAGGAGAGUGGUGCAGCAGCCAAAGGUGGUGGAAAUGAGGAGGAGAAUCAUAAGAUCAGCAAAACAGCAGCGGCGAAGGAGAAAGGAGAGAGCUUGUGGGGCACAAUUGCGAGUGCCGCUUUCUCCAACCCGACCUCCGCUACGGGAGAGUGUGAUUGGCUGACCUUGCAUCGGCGAAUGGGGCAUGUGGCAUUGCCCAUUUUGCAGCAGAUAGUCAAGCAAGACAUGGUCAGUGGGAUACGUGUCAAGGGGGAGCCCAAUGAGGUGCUUGGCUGUCCAACAUGCAUGCAAGCCAAGUUCACCCGCUACCCGUUCCAUAGCUCGGAGACAACGGCGAAGGCACCACUUGAUGAGGUGGUGAUGGAUGUGGUGGGUCCCUUGAAGCUUGGAGCUGCUGGAGCUGAGUACUUCCUCACCAUUGUGGACGUCUACACUCGCAUGACUUGGGUAUAUGUGCUGCCCAAGAAGAGUGACGUGGCUGAAACGGUGAAGACCGAUUGGUUGCCGAUGGUGGAGCGGCAACAAGACCGACUUGUGAAGGCGAUUCGCACUGACCGUGGGGGAGAGUUCCUGAGCAAGAACUUCUCAACUUGGCUGAAGAAGCAGGGCAUAAGGCACUCUCUUACCAUGCCCUACUCUCCUGCAAUGAACGGCAUCGCCGAGCAUUCUAAGGCCAACAAUCCGAGGGGGAGUUUGUUGGUGCAACCCUAUGGCUUGCACUCGGCUUGUCGUCCGUGUUUGGACGCGGAUAAAUAUUAAAUAGUGAAAAUAGUAACGCUACUUCGUGUAGUGUUACAUUUCACUUGGUGUAGCCCCUUGGAGGGUUUGUUUUGAGACUCUUCGUGGUUGGGGACUCUGUGGUGGUGUACCACCAACCUGGACCUCGGCUCUUGGGGUAUGUAGAGGCUGGGAACCAUCUCCCUCUCAAACUCUUCUUGCUAAGUUUGUACUCCUAAGACUAUUGUGGCUGCUAUACCUCCUGCCAGUC